AUGACUGUAGAAGAAAAAGAUGAAGCUUUAUCUAGGACUAAAAACUUCACAUCCCAAAACCCAUAUUUUCAGAUUGUCUUACAAAGGACACAUGUGCACCAUCAAUAUGACAUGGCCUUACCAGCAGAGUUUUGGAGAGAGAAUGUCCAUGAAAAAUCUGAUCUUGAUGUUACUCUUUAUGUUCCUCAUGAGAAGAGGACUUGGGUCGUAAAACGUCAGACAACAACUUUAAAUGGCUCACCAAGAGCUGCAUUCUCGAAAAGAGAUUGGCUGGAAUUCGCUGAGGAGAAUAGGUUGAAAGUGAACGAUGUUUGUAUAUUUGAACUGACUAAUAAAAAUGAAAUGAUAUUCAAAAUUUUCAUCAACCGAGUGACACAAUGUUAUCAAAACAACCAACAAUCCGAAGGAAAUGUGAAGUUUGUAUCCGAAUCUAAAGAUCACACAAGCAGCCAUGAUAGUCAAGGCGCGCCUUCAUCUUUAAGGGGUGACAAAUUUUCUGAAGUAGCAACCCAUGAACAAUCUAAUCGCAGUUUCAAAGCUGUAUUGGGGGAGUCUGUUUUUCAACCAAGGGUUGGAAAGAACUUGUGGGAUGUUAAUUUGGCUAGUAAUGGAUGUGGACUGGUUUUAUGUGGUGGAUGGCGUAGAUUUGCUAGGGAGAACCAUUUGCAGCCUGGACAUUCUUGUGUCUUUGAAUUGGUUACCAAAGAAACAGAUACAGAUAAUAGUGCUUUGUUAAAUGUUACCAUUUCUAGACCAAUUAAUAAUGCUGUUGUUAUAUAG